AUGUCGAUGUGGGACCCGAGCCAGCCGGGGGGUCCGCAGGUGUCACAUGCGGGGACGUUCAACGGCAAUCCGAUGACGGCGGCGGCGGGAGUUGCGACGUUGCGGGAGUUGUCGGUGGAUGUCUACGAGGAGUUGGAGAAGAAGGGGGAUUAUUUGCGGCAGAAACUACGAGACGUGAUCGCGGAGAUGGAGGCGCCGAUGGGGGUCACUGGCGCGGCGUCGUUGUUUGGUAUUCAGGCGACGUCGGAGGCGGUUCGGGACUACCGCUCGUAUGCGACGAAUGACGGCGAUUGCUGGAGAUGGUGUUCAUGGGGAUGA